AUGGCUCCCGGCUAUCUGCCUCCACCCCCUCCUAUGCCGAACCAGAACCAGAACCAGAACCAGAACCAGAACCAGAACCAGAACCAGAACCAGCAUCAGCCAUACCGUCCAGCGGCUCCUUUGUCCAUGCCUCAUGAGCCUCUCACCUCUGCGACGUAUAUACCCGGCAAUGACACUUUCGGCGUUGGCAUCCCGCCGUUACUUGAGGCUCAUGGACGACUCCCUUACGAUGCCUAUCGACCAGCAGCUAAUCAGGCGUACGAGGUUCCCGCUAACGAUGGAACCUACAACCCGCAAACUCCAGGAGGGCGUACAGCUCUGCCUUUUGCUCUCCACAACAAUGUGCACGAGCUUGUGACAAAUGAUACCCUGCAGCAAAUUACAAGCCAGGGCAUGGAUAUCACGAAGUCGCCCAGCCACCGCCAUAACAACAGCAGUACAUCGCUGGGAGGAUUGACUCUUAAUGAAGCUGGUGUGCAAUGGCCGCUCGAUCGUGUCCUGCUCUGGCUGGCGCGAAAUGGAUUCUCUAGGGAUUGGCAAGAGACUUUCAAGUCUCUGGAGAUUCAAGGCGGUGACUUCCUCGAACUUGGUUUAGCAUCCGGUGGACGAGGAAAUUUGGGAAAAAUGCACAAGGUCGUCUAUCCCCAGCUAGCCAAGGAGUGUUCGCGGAGUGGCACUGGGUGGGAUUCAGCCCGUGAGCGCGAAGAAGGAUUACGUAUGCGCAAACUAAUCCGUCAGAUUCACGAUGGUGGCACCGACACAUCCAUUUCUACGCCGAUGCGCGUCGAACCGCCAUCAUUACUUCCUGCCGCUGCCGAUAGUGGGACUGGGUACUAUUCUACGCAUUUUCCGGAGCCCCGCUCGGCUGGUCCUUCUGGCGGGGUGAACGACAUCAGUGCAAAUCAGCUGGCGGAACUGCAAGCCCACAAGCAGCCUACCGAAAAACGUUCUGUCACUAUGCCAAUUUCUAGCGGCCAUGAUUCGCCCAUGUACAGUUCUCCUUCUCGGGAAUUCCCCUCCUGGCUGCGGUCAGAGUACUCCAGAAAUGCCCUGGCAGCAACCAAUGAUCACCGCAGGCAAAGUCCCUCGCUUUCCAGCGAUGCUGGGACUUUCGCAAGCGCAGGGCCUCGAAUUCAAGAUAGCCCGAAGAGUGGUAGUCCAGCUACGCAAUACGUGUCGCCCUCGUGUGCAGGGCUCACAUCUUCUUCAACAGGUGAUUUGACCUUGAAAUACGACCAUUCACGUGGAAACAGCACGGAUUCGAUUACUGGUGCUGGACGCGGUUCUUCUUCGGCUGUUGGCCGGUAUUAUGAUCGUCGGCAAGGCCAAGAUAACGUCCGUCCGUCACCUUCAGAUUCAUAUGGCCGUCCUUGGAGCGGAGAGAAUUCCUCGUACUCGAGAGACCAUAGCAAAGGUAUCCUUUCAAAUAUCUUCAGCAGACGAAAGCAGGCCAGGAAUGAUUCCAGUCACCCAUCUCCAGAAGAUCACCAUCCCGAUUCGCCACCAAGUCCCGAGCCUCGUGCGAAUGGCCAAUAUCUUCCAUAUUCGAAGCCCGGGUAUAAUUCCAGUGAUAUGUCACUGGGCGAUCGCCCGUCCUCGGCAACAACGAAGGCAAAGAAGUGGAUUUUCGCUACCAUGGAUGGAAUCAAUUACCGUCUGAUUGAUGUUUCUGAUAUGGAAUCUGUUGAAAAUUUACGUUCAGGGAUCUGCCAGAAACUAGGCUUGUCCGAUUGGGCCAAUUGCCAGUUCUUCUUGACAGAGCCCGGGCAGACAGACCACCAAGACUCUCUGAGCGAUUCAAAGCUUGACUUCUCCCGCCGAAACCGGUCGGAUGCGUAUGGGUCUCUGAAACUGUACAUUAAAGGAGUUUCUACCCAUCCACAACUCCCUAAUAUCCCGAUUUUCAACGGUCUCGGUGUUUCCAUUCCAGGAGACAAGCCGGCUCUAUCUCCUACUGCCACGACGCAUGCUCUAAUUCCUCGCAAGCCAUUGGAUCAAGAUGCUCUCGACAGAAUCUCACCGCAGACCCACACGAAGCCAGGCUCGCCUUUGUUGGGUUCUCGACAGCCAACCCUGAAGGCAUCAGCCCCAAAGACAAUUUCGGGAGCCUCUCAAGAAUCCAGUCAGGUACUAGACUCUGAAAAGGCUGAUUUGCUUGCACGCCAUGAGGCUCAUCUCCGCGAGGUCGAGCGGAAGCAAAAGGAGUAUAACAUUACUCGUCAACCUCCGACCACACAGCAAGCACGGAAAGACACGUACGGUGAAAAUGGCUAUAGACGCGAAGGGGUCAUCGAUUUCGAUUCUCCUCGCAUUUCGCCAUACGAAAAAGAAAAAGAAAAAGAAAAAGAGAGGGAGAAGGAAAAGGAGAAAGAAAAGGAGAAAGAAAAGGAGAAGGCAGAGACUUUGGUGCCAUUCCGCAAACCACCUACCGCGCCAAAUGUGUCGAACACACUCACCAAAGUCAAUUCACUCAGAAAGGCUCCUAGUGAGCGGGGUGGUCGUGCUCAGGCUCCAGGUGCCGUUAAUACUCACGGGCUGGGAGCUAUGAUUACCAGUAUGGGUCGGAUGACAAGUGCUAUAGGCACCCCGGCUCCUUCCGUGCAGAUUCCAUCGCAACCUUCUUCUGCCACUCGAGAAAGCUUCGCGUCGGAUUCCGAUCGGCCGACAACAUCUUCGAGUAGGACAACAUUUGGUGAGUAUUCAAGCAUAUCGAUUGACCACAAGAGUGAACCUCUUUUUAUAGGACCCUCUGCUGAUCACGUGGAUGUUCCAGACUCCUUGAAAACCAAUUCUUCAAGAAAUGACUCGCCCGAGAAGCCUGCUCUGGUAUCUCGCAAGUCUUUUGGCCCCGAGUUCGAUUUCGAAGAGAAUGAAGUCUCCUUCCAGCGGACUCCCCAACCUAAUGGUGACUCUGACGAUGAAUCUGACGAUGGACUCUUUGCUCUUCCUCUCGCCAGCAAGAAGGCGCAGAAGGCUCCACCUAUGCCCGAGCCUGAAAAGAAAAGCGAAAAGCCAAAUCUUACCGUGAACACGGAUCAUACCAAUCCGCGUCGUGUCAGCUUCAUCUCUCCGAAUACUACUUCUGGAGAGAGCUUUACCGGACACUCGACCCAGAGCUCCGCCGGUGAUGCCUCUGACAACAGGGAUUCAGUGCCUUUUGGUGCUUCCGCUUCCCCCGAGGACGAGAGGCCUCUGCGACGUGACUCCUUUGCUAGAGAUGUUUGGGCUAGCAGACCUCCAGUUGAAGGCGUUAUCAAUAAUCUAGACGACUUCUUCCCGAAUGUUGAUCUUGACGCUCCAUACGUGGACGAGCCUCCAUCCCCGAACAAUAGGGAUGCUAUGGAGAAUGACCCCAGCAUGAAGGGCAAGCCAGCACUUCCAUCAUCUGUGUCGCCACAAAAGGGCGAUGUGAAUAAACCUUUCGGAGGCGAUCCGUCAACCGCGCGCCCACAACCAGGAUUUGUCGCACGCCGCCAGUUGGACCGCGGCGGUGGCGGUCUUUCACGGGCGAAAUCUAUCCGAGAGGUAGCCAAGGGUGCAGCUGUGAGGACCAAGAGCAUUGGUUCUGCUGGCCCCCAGCAGUCUGGAAAUCUUUUGCGCCGCAAGAGUACCAAGAUGUUCGGUGCGAAGAUUAUGCAAAUCAGCCCUAAGCCGGGUAGCAGAAUCAACCAACUCGACCCUAUCCCUCAGCGCAAAGCAACACCGGGUGGAUCUGCCCCGCAAAGACAGGCUACUUUCCGCAUCAUCCGUGGUCAGCUUAUCGGCAAAGGAACAUACGGACGAGUAUACCUGGGCAUCAACGCGGAUAAUGGUGAAGUUUUGGCUGUAAAGCAAGUUGAGAUCAAUGCGAGAAUUGCCGGGGCAGAUAGGGACCGUAUCAAGGAAAUGGUCGGUGCGCUGGACCAGGAAAUCGACACCAUGCAGCACCUGGAACACCCGAACAUCGUCCAAUACCUUGGUUGCGAACGAGGUGAUCUAUCAAUCUCUAUCUACCUUGAGUAUAUCUCCGGUGGUUCAGUUGGAAGCUGUCUCCGCAAACAUGGCAAGUUCGAGGAGAGCGUCGUCAAAUCUUUGACACAGCAGACACUCAAGGGGUUGGCUUAUCUGCACGACAAGGGCAUUCUCCACCGAGAUCUAAAAGCCGACAAUAUUCUUCUAGACCUCGACGGAACCUGCAAGAUCUCCGACUUUGGAAUUUCCAAGAAAACAGAUGACAUCUACGGCAACGACUCCUCCAAUUCCAUGCAAGGCUCUGUCUUCUGGAUGGCCCCGGAGGUCAUCCAGUCCCAAGGCCAAGGCUAUAGCGCCAAGGUCGACAUCUGGUCCCUUGGCUGCGUGGUUUUGGAAAUGUUCGCCGGUCGUCGACCGUGGAGCAGGGAGGAAGCCAUCGGCGCCAUUUUUAAACUGGGCAGUCUCAGUCAGGCUCCGCCUAUUCCCGAUGAUGUCUCCAUGAACAUCACUCCCGCAGCUCUUGCGUUCAUGUACGACUGCUUUACGAUUGAUUCAUCCGAACGUCCCACCGCCGGCACGCUCCUGGGCCACCCAUUCUGUGAACAGGACCCCAGCUACAAUUUCCUGAACACGGAGCUGUACUCAAAGAUCCGACACGUUCUUUGA